AUGGCGAACAACACGAAACCGUUGAGGUACGCAGACGUCGGCAUCAACCUUGGCGAUCCAGUCUUCCGAGGAGUGUACCACGGGAAGCAAGCACAUGAGGACGAUUUGGACGACGUUGUCCAGCGAGCGCUGGCUGUUGGCUGUAUCAAGUUGAUGGUCACCGGCUCCAGUCUGACAGAGUCCAAGCAUGCGGUUGACCUUGCAAAACAACACCCCGGCACUUGUUUCGCGACCGUCGGAGUACAUCCAUGCUCGACACAGGACUUUGACAAUCACGAAGGCGGCGCCAGCACACUGAUUCAAGAACUUCGUGCUCUAACCCUCGAAGCGAAAGAGAGUGGACACGCGGUAGCCUUUGGAGAAAUUGGGCUGGACUACGACCGAUUGUUUCUCUCUCCCAAAGAUGUGCAACUCAAAUAUUUCGAGCUGCAGCUCGAUCUGGCCGAGGAGAUGCAGCUUCCACUAUUCCUACAUUCGCGGGCAUGCAGUGAAGAUUUUGAGAGGAUUCUCAGCGCACGCCUACCCAAACUCCCCAAGCGUGGGCUGGUCCACAGCUUCACCGGCACCAUACCGGAAAUGGAGGCACUGGUCAAGCUUGGGUUUGACAUUGGUAUCAAUGGCUGCAGCAUGAAGACCGCAGAGAAUCUUGAGGUGGUCAAAGCGGUGCCUUUGGAGCGGCUUCAGAUCGAGACGGAUGGACCGUGGUGUGAAAUCCGCGCGUCGCAUGCUUCGUCGCAGUAUCUGAAAGACGGGCCUGCUAUCCCCAAGGCAGUGAAGAAGGAGAAGUGGCAGAAAGGGAUGAUGGUCAAGGGACGUAACGAGUCGGCGACGAUUGUGCAGGUUGCACAUGUGAUAGCCCAGGUGAAGGGGAUUACGGUGGAGGAAGUCUGUGAGGCAGCAUGGACGAAUUCGACCGAGAUGUUUGGACUGGGUUGUUUGUAA